AUGAGCUUUACCCUCCACUCAGUUUUCUUCACCUUGAAGGUGAGCAUCUUUCUGGGCUCCCUGGUGGGGCUUUGCCUGGGUCUGGAGUUCAUGGGUCUCCCUAACCAGUGGGCCCGCUACCUGCGCUGGGAUGCAAGCACACGCAGUGACCUGAGCUUCCAGUUCAAGACCAAUGUUUCCACGGGGCUGCUCCUGUAUUUGGAUGAUGGUGGUGUCUGUGACUUCCUCUGCCUCUCCCUGGUGGAUGGCCGCGUUCAGCUCCGCUUUAGCAUGGACUGCACCGAGACCACUGUGUUGUCCAACAAGCAGGUGAACGACAGCAGUUGGCACUUCCUCAUGGUGAGCCGUGACCGUGUGCGCACUGGGCUGGUAAUCGAUGGCGAGGGUCAGUCUGGCGAGCUAUGGUCCCAGCGGCCCUACAUGGAAGUGGUCAGUGAUUUAUUCCUCGGUGGCGUUCCCGCUGACAUUCGACCUUCUACCCUGACUCUCGAUGGAGUACAGAGCAUGCCUGGCUUUAAGGGAUUAAUGCUGGAUCUCAAGUAUGGCAACUCGGAACCUCGGCUCCUGGGGAGCCAGAGCAUCCGGUUAGAAGCAGAGGGACCCUGUGGCGAGCGUCCCUGUGAAAAUGGUGGGAUCUGCUUCCUCUUGGAUGGUCAUCCCACCUGUGACUGUUCUACCACUGGCUAUGGUGGCACACUCUGCUCAGAAGAUGUCAGUCAAGGUCCAGGCCUCUCCCAUCUUAUGAUGAGUGAACAAGCUCGAGAGGAAAACGUGGCCACCUUCCGAGGCUCAGAGUAUCUGUGCUAUGACCUGUCCCAGAACCCCAUCCAGAGCAGCAGCGAUGAAAUCACUCUUUCCUUUAAGACCUGGCAACGCAAUGGGCUCAUCCUCCACACGGGCAAGUCGGCCGACUAUGUUAACCUAGCUCUGAAGGAUGGUGCGGUCUCCUUGGUCAUUAACCUGGGGUCCGGGGCCUUUGAGGCCAUUGUGGAGCCAGUGAAUGGGAAAUUCAACGACAACGCCUGGCAUGAUGUCAAAGUGACACGCAAUCUUCGGCAGGUGACAAUCUCUGUGGAUGGCAUCCUAACCACAACAGGCUACACUCAAGAGGACUACACCAUGCUGGGCUCAGAUGACUUCUUCUAUGUUGGUGGAAGCCCAAGUACAGCGGACUUGCCAGGCUCACCUGUGAGCAACAACUUCAUGGGCUGCCUUAAAGAGGUUGUUUAUAAGAAUAAUGACAUCCGUCUGGAGCUGUCUCGCUUGGCCCGGAUUGGGGACACCAAGAUGAAAAUCUAUGGUGAAGUUGUGUUCAAGUGUGAGAAUGUGGCCACACUGGACCCCAUCAACUUUGAGACCCCAGAGGCUUACAUCAGCUUACCCAAGUGGAACACCAAACGUAUGGGCUCCAUUUCCUUCGACUUUCGCACCACUGAGCCCAAUGGCCUGAUCCUCUUCACUCAUGGGAAGCCCCAAGAAAGGAAAGAUGUCCGGAGCCAAAAGAACACAAAAGUUGACUUCUUUGCUGUGGAACUUCUUGAUGGCAAUCUGUAUUUGCUGCUUGACAUGGGCUCUGGCACCAUCAAAGUGAAGGCCACUCAGAAGAAAGCCAAUGAUGGGGAAUGGUACCACGUGGACAUUCAGCGUGAUGGCAGAUCAGGUACCAUAUCUGUGAACAGCAGGCGCACGCCAUUUACCGCCAGUGGGGAGAGUGAAAUCUUAGACCUGGAGGGGGACAUGUAUCUGGGCGGGCUGCCAGAGAAUCGAGCUGGCCUCAUUCUCCCUACGGAGCUCUGGACCGCUAUGCUCAACUACGGUUAUGUGGGCUGCAUCCGCGACCUGUUUAUCGAUGGGCGCAGCAAGAACAUCCGGCAGCUGGCCGAGAUGCAGAAUGCAGCAGGCGUCAAGUCCUCCUGUUCACGCAUGAGCGCCAAGCAGUGUGACAGCUACCCCUGCAAGAACAAUGCAGUAUGCAAGGAUGGCUGGAACCGCUUCAUCUGUGACUGCACUGGCACUGGCUACUGGGGGAGAACCUGUGAAAGAGACUGUAUCAGGAUAAACUGUAACUCCAGCAAAGGACCUGAGACCCUGUAUGCAGGGCAGAAGCUCAAUGACAAUGAGUGGCACACUGUCCGGGUAGUGCGGAGAGGAAAAAGCCUUAAGCUAACAGUGGAUGAUGAUGUGGCUGAGGGUACAAUGGUGGGUGACCACACCCGCUUGGAGUUCCACAAUAUUGAAACCGGUAUCAUGACUGAGAAGCGUUACAUCUCUGUGGUCCCCUCCAGUUUCAUUGGCCACCUACAGAGCCUCAUGUUCAAUGGCUUGCUGUACAUUGAUUUGUGCAAAAAUGGCGACAUCGACUACUGUGAACUGAAGGCUCGCUUUGGACUGAGAAACAUCAUUGCUGACCCUGUCACUUUUAAAACCAAAAGCAGCUACCUGACCCUUGCCACCCUACAGGCCUACACCUCCAUGCACCUCUUCUUCCAGUUCAAGACCACUUCAGCUGAUGGCUUCAUUCUCUUCAAUAGUGGUGAUGGCAAUGAUUUUAUUGCAGUUGAGCUGGUCAAGGGGUACAUACACUAUGUGUUUGACCUUGGCAAUGGUCCCAAUGUGAUUAAAGGCAACAGUGACCGCCCCUUGAAUGACAACCAGUGGCACAAUGUUGUCAUCACCCGGGACAACAGUAAUACCCACAGCCUGAAGGUGGACACCAAGGUAGUCACUCAGGUCAUCAAUGGUGCCAAAAAUCUGGAUUUGAAAGGUGACCUCUAUAUGGCUGGCUUAGCCCAGGGCAUGUAUAGCAACCUUCCAAAGCUUGUGGCCUCCCGGGAUGGAUUUCAAGGCUGCCUGGCCUCUGUGGACUUGAACGGGCGCCUGCCUGAUCUCAUCAACGAUGCUCUCCACAGGAGUGGACAGAUCGAGCGAGGCUGUGAAGGACCCAGUACAACCUGUCAGGAGGAUUCAUGUGCCAACCAGGGGGUUUGCAUGCAGCAGUGGGAAGGUUUCACCUGUGACUGCUCCAUGACAUCAUAUUCUGGAAACCAGUGCAAUGAUCCUGGUGCCACGUAUAUCUUUGGGAAAAGUGGUGGUCUCAUCCUGUACACCUGGCCAGCAAAUGACAGACCAAGCACACGCUCUGACCGCCUGGCCGUGGGAUUCAGCACCACUGUGAAGGAUGGUAUCUUAGUCCGCAUUGACAGUGCUCCUGGACUUGGCGACUUCCUCCAGCUUCACAUAGAACAAGGGAAAAUAGGAGUUGUCUUCAAUAUUGGCACAGUUGACAUCUCCAUCAAAGAAGAGAGAACCCCUGUCAACGAUGGCAAAUACCAUGUGGUGCGCUUCACCAGGAAUGGGGGCAAUGCCACACUUCAGGUGGACAACUGGCCAGUGAAUGAGCAUUAUCCUACAGGCAACACUGAUAAUGAACGCCUCCAAAUGGUAAAACAGAAAAUCCCCUUCAAAUAUAACCGGCCUGUAGAGGAGUGGCUGCAGGAAAAAGGCCGGCAGCUAACCAUCUUCAACACCCAGGCGCAAAUAGCCAUCGGAGGAAAGGACAAAGGACGUCUCUUCCAAGGCCAACUCUCUGGGCUCUAUUAUGAUGGUUUGAAAGUACUGAACAUGGCAGCUGAGAACAACCCUAAUAUUAAAAUCAAUGGAAGUGUCCGGCUAGUGGGAGAAGUCCCAUCAGUCUCGGGAACGACACAGACAACCUCCAUGCCACCUGAAAUGUCUACCACUGUCAUGGAAACCACCACCACCAUGGCUACAACCACCACCCGAAAGAACCGCUCUACAGCCAGCAUUCAGCCAACAUCAGAUGAUCUUGUUUCAUCUGCUGAAUGUUCAAGUGAUGAUGAAGACUUUGUCGAAUGUGAACCAAGUACAGAUAAGAGUCUUUCCACUUCAAUCUUCGAAGGUGGCUACAAAGCACAUGCGCCCAAGUGGGAAUCCAAUGACUUUAGACCUAACAAAGUCUCGGAAACUAGUAGAACUACAACCACCUCUUUGUCCCCUGAGCUGAUCCGCUUCACAGCGUCCUCCUCGUCUGGGAUGGUGCCCAAAUUGCCAGCUGGCAAAAUGAAUAACCGUGAUCUCAAACCCCAGCCUGAUAUAGUCUUGCUUCCGUUGCCCACUGCCUAUGAGCUAGACAGCACCAAACUGAAGAGCCCACUAAUUACUUCCCCCAUGUUCCGUAAUGUGCCCACAGCAAACCCCACGGAGCCAGGAAUCAGACGGGUUCCGGGGGCCUCAGAGGUGAUCCGGGAGUCCAGCAGUACAACAGGGAUGGUCGUCGGCAUUGUGGCUGCUGCCGCCCUCUGCAUCUUGAUCCUCCUGUAUGCCAUGUACAAGUACAGGAACAGGGACGAGGGGUCCUAUCAAGUGGAUGAGACGAGGAACUACAUCAGCAACUCGGCCCAGAGCAACGGCACGCUCAUGAAGGAGAAGCAAGCCAGCUCCAAGAGCGGCCAUAAGAAACAGAAAAACAAGGACAAGGAGUAUUAUGUGUAA